AAGCCUUAUCAAAGACGAGCCUGCUCUUGCACUGAAACGCCAUGGCUUCGAAGCUGCUUCAGCUGAGAAGGCUACGGAGGCUCCUCAAGCUUCCACCUUCUUCAUCUUCUCCGUCUCAUCCUUCUUAUUGCUCGAAUUACAUGUCGCUUUCUUGUAUUCCACAAGCUUCGCGAUGUUUCGACAUUUCUGUGAAUACGCAUAGACCUUGUUAUUCGGUCGCUUCUAGAAGCUUCUGCUCCCGACCUCUGAAUCUCGAUGGAGAAUCUCAAGGCCCUGCUGCCAUCGAUUAUCGUUCUUUGCUGCAGGAGGAUGAAUUUCACAAGCUAGCGGAUUCAACUAUACAUGAUCUUCAAGAGAAACUGGAGGAAUAUGGGGAUAAUGUACAAGCCGAUGGCUUUGACAUUGAUUAUGAGAAUGAGGUGUUAACUUUAAAACUCGGGAAUCUUGGAACCUAUGUGUUGAACAAACAAACACCUAAUAGACAACUUUGGCUAUCUUCCCCAGUGAGUGGUCCUUCCAGAUUUGACUGGGAUCGGAAUGCCCAAGCUUGGGUUUAUAGGCGGAACAAAGCAAAUUUGUUGAAAACUUUAGAGAGUGAGUUGGAGCAACUGUGUGGUGAACCCAUAAAGCUUUCUUAAACCGUCCAUGCUAUGAAAUAUAUCAAAGUUACUUCUUGGAAAUUUAAUAUUUCUGAACUUCUUCACAGUUUUAUAGGGAAUGAACACUCAUUCCAUCUACAGUAAGAAACUAGUUUUCCAAUUACCACUAAUGGGGAUGUAAUCUCUUUAUGGGUCGUUUUAGAAAUCCUUGUUCAGUUCACUCGUUAAUUGUUUUAUUAUUUCCUGGUGAAGAUGGGGUGACCUAUUGCUCUUAGUUGCUGUGUUAUUUUUAUUUUUAUUUUCAUUUGAUAUAUGUGACGACAAUAAUUGAUAAACAAAAUUUAUGCUUAUGUGGAAUGGAAGUUGCUCAUAAUUUCUUGUUUAA